AUGUUGGAUGAAUAUUAUGUAUCAGCGCAGACCUUGAACGCCCCGCUUGACGUACCAAAGCUAGGUAUCUUGUUUCCUUCAGGCUGCUGUCCAACAGAGGCUGAAGUCCAGGAGGUGAUACUGGCAACGGAGAACAAAGAAGCCGUAGGCACUGUGCCACUUACCAACUUCUUACCUUACAUGGUUAAAGCCAUCAACGAACACAGGUUCUAUCCAGCAUCCGCAGAGAUGCUGCUGGCUGCUUUUCAGUACUUUGACACUGAAGGUCGCGGGUACCUCACCAAGGAAAAGUUCCAGCAGAUCAUGAUGGAAGAAGGCGAACCUUUUUUCCCGGAGGAGUUCGAAGAAAUGAUGCAGACAGCCCUGGAUCCUGUCACUGACACCAUCGCCUAUGAGUACUACAUCAACCAGCUCUUGGCAUCAGAACAACCUUACCAUUCGUCAAAUGCUGUACAGGAAUUUGGAAUCCGUCUGCAAGAUGGUUUCCAGAAACAAGUAGCAUAUCAGCAGCCCUUGGGAAAUCAAGAUCAAAACUCUAUGAUGAUGAUGGCUGCAAGCAAUAUGGGGAUGUACUACAUGCCUGUAAUGCCGACAAAUCAGACUGCUUUUAUGAACUACGGCGGCCCGCCUCAAAUUCCGCCUUUAAUGUCUCAAUUUUCCGAGCCUUCUGUCAAAGAAAAGAGCGAGCCUAAAGAUAGGUCUCGUGACUGGGCUACUGGCAUCAAUGACCGGGAUUUUGAUGUCAGACGUCGACCUGAGACUAGUUGGCAACGUCAAGAUAUACGUCAAUCAUCUCCAAUAUCUGAUCAGAGAAACUCAAACUUUGGAAGGGGUCAAAAAGUCAAUGAGAACUCUGGCGGAAGGCAACCGAGAUGGAUGCAAUCGGACACUACGACGGCUCGCGACGAUCGUAGUGUUCGUGAUUACUCAUGGGAACAAACAAAUAUGUCUGCUCCACGAGACGGGACAGUUCGUCAUGAGGGUGAGUCUCGUUGGGAAUUAUCCAGCGUGCCCCAUUCUCGCAAUGAAUGUAACCGUGGUGAACCAAAUCCCAUGACUUCUCGAGACAACCGUAACAGAAACGGACCAAUAUGGGAACAAAGGAACGUAGCGAAUGAUAGAGACGAAACUUGCACGCGUUCCUUGAGGUCUCCUUCACGUUCUUCAAUGGAACCUCUUAACCGUUACAAUGAUAGGUCAAAUUUUGCCAGCAAGAACGAUCAAUAUAAAGAUCGUAAAGUUGUGCAAGGUAACUGGGGCGCUGGUUAUGGCCAGCAAAUACCAACUCAUGGCCCUAAGUCCUUCAACUCCAACGUCUUUGGCGUAUCAAAUCAAUCUUCUUCAAUGUUUGGUAGUCACGUCACAGAAUCUGCCCAAGAACUUUCAGAAAGCCGGAAAGGUCAUGGACCGAGUCGAUGGGACAACUCUAGUAGAACCAGCAAUCCACAAGAGAUCCCCCAACAAAGAUACUCACUUACCGAAAAGAAUAGACCAGAAAGGGUGUCUAGACCUACUCCUCGAUAUGAGGAACAUGAUAUUUCUAGACCUUCUAAACCUGGAGACGGGAGACUCGAUCGAGCCUUCAAUAAACGACCUCAGAGCUUCAGAAAUGUUCAAGAGCCUCCAGCGAAAAGGUUGCCUAAUCAACCUUACGCCAAGCCAUAUUUACCAAAUACCACUCGGAGGACUUCACCUUCUGGCCCGCCGCGUUGGGAACCACCGAAACAUAAACAAUCAGGUUCUCAACAUAAGCCGAACAUGAGAAAAUUGCUCCAUAAAGACAAUACCUGGCGGCACCAAGCGGCAUCUGCACUUGCUAGGCAAACUUUCAAAAGCUUAAGUAUCAAAGGUACUGGGGUGCCUAAAGAUCUGGUUAUUAAAAAACUCAAAGCAAGUAUCAACUCGCGUAUAGAUGUCAUGUUGGGUGAAAAGGUAGCGAUGCCGAUGGAAGAAAUAGUCAAAAUCUACCGUCAAAGAUUCCACUUCAAAACGGACAGAGCUUUCUUUGGCGCUGUUUUGGACAGCUUGAAGAACGAUGAACAAUACCGAGCAAAUACCGAUAAGCCAGGUAUGACAGGAGCAGAAGACAAGAAGGAGGCGUCGAAACCAGAAGAAAUGGUGCCGGAUGUCAAAGCAACGACCGGGUCAGGAAAAAUGCCGAGAUACCCUAAUCAAGAUAAAAAGGCAUAUAUUCAACAGAAGAAACUGAGUAAACAGGAAAUGUUAGACGGCAACAUGUACAAACUAGAGGACAAAUUAUUGCAGGCUUCUGUUGACGAGCAUGCGGAUGUUCUUUGUGACUUAUUCAUGGAAGCCUGUGGAAAACCUGACAACGAAAAAGAUAAAAAGAUUUGUGAGAAACUUACGGAUAUUGUCGCUGACGAUUUCCGAAAGAUAAUUCGACUUCACCUAACAAAACGCCUUUUAAACAUAACAUCGAACCUCGCGCUACGCAUAUUUACCACCCAAAAAGUGGACAAAGAAAAGUUGGUAAAUUUCUUCGCACCAUUCAACCUUGCCAGCUUCAAGAAGUCUGAGAGAAAAGUCGGGUUGUUCAUCGGCAUUUGCUCUGAUUAUGAUGGUUUUGAUAAACUAUGUAAAUUACAAGAAAUUCAGAUAGAUGGUGUGACAGUAACAAUCAAACCAAUGCACAUCACCGGCCCACCACCUAAGGUGAUGAAGCCAAACAAAAGAUUAAUGGUUGAGAAACAUGACAUUAGCGAAGAACCUGUACUUGAACAGGAAGGCUUUUCAAAGGAAAAUGAAGAAAGUGUGGAACACGAUGCUGAAGAUAUUAUCGAUGAUUACGCGCAUGAUGGUGAUCAAAUUGAAGAUGAUAAUGAUCAGAAUGCCACAGGAAACAAUGAUGAAGGAAAUAUUCAGGACAUUCCAGAUUUAGAUGAGGCAAACGAGGAGGAUUUGGAAGAUUAUUAGAUAGUAGGAGUUAUUAUAAAACUCUCACAUAUUCAUUAAUUAAUGUUAAAUGAACGACUAUCCUGUACUUUAUUAGUGUUUUGAUCUAAGUUUCAAAUAAAA